ACAACCAAAACUUUGUUACUUUCAUCUCUUUCCUCAGAAAAUCUCUCAAGCAACUUAGUUCUUAGUUCUGCUAUAUUUUUUCAGAGCAAGAAAAGAUCAGAAUGGCAAAACAUUCAUCUGAAGUGGCCAUUGAAGAGCUGAAGAAGCUUCUCAGAGAAAAGGAGGAGCUUAAUGAAGUGGCAGCAGAAAAAGUUGAAGAAGCCAUAGCUGAGUUGCAAAAACUUCAUGACCCUGCUCUGCAAAGAAUCAUACUCGGAUUCACUUACUUCAGGAUCAACAAUUUCGAUAGGAACCCGGAUCUGUAUGCCAAACUUGCCAAUGGCCAAAGCCCCCAGUAUCUGGUGUUUGCUUGCUCUGACUCUCGAGUGAGUCCUUCAACUAUUCUCCAUUUCCAACCUGGAGAAGCUUUCAUGGUCCGCAACAUUGCUAACAUGGUCCCUACAUUUAAUCAGCUAAGGCACAGUGGAACUGGUGCAGCCAUUGAGUAUGCUAUCACUGCUCUCAAGGUACCAAACAUUCUGGUCAUUGGUCACAGUCGCUGCGGUGGAAUCCGAAGGCUUAUGAGUCAUCCAGAAGAUUGUUCAGCCCCCUUUGACUUCAUAGAUGAUUGGGUGAAAAUUGGUUUGCCAGCUAAACUCCACGUUCUGAAAGAAUAUGAAGGCUAUGAUUUCGACGAACAAUGCAAAUUCUGUGAAAAGGAGUCAGUGAAUAACUCGUUGGUGAACCUGAGGACAUAUCCAUAUGUUGAAAGAGGAAUAAGGAACAAGACCAUAGGACUCUUGGGGGGUUACUAUGAUUUUGUAAAGGGAGAAUUCAAGCUUUGGAAGCACGAGACUCGUUUCACUGAACCCAUUACCAUCCCUCUCUCAACCCAUAAGUGAUGGAUGACUCAAACUAAUGGCACUUUGAAUUGGCACCACUACCACCUUAUUAAGUUUCUUACAUAAGUUGUUCUGCUGUUGUUCCAUGUCUGUGUGUCGUUUUACGUCCUAAAUAAAUAGCAUCUACUUUUGAGGUUUCAAAAGUAAUGUAGUAAGAAGUAUUACUGUAUUUCAUGCAUUUCUAUACGUGUUUAAUUCAAAUGCCUAAUAAAUGAUGAUGAGAGUUGUGGUCU